AUGGAAGGAAGCAAGGCGGUCCUGUUCUUGAUAUUGAUCCUGGGAUGUUUCAUGAUUCCUACACACUCUCGGAAUGUUGUUCAUGUGUGCCCAUGCCAGAUCGCGACCUGCCAAAAGGGUUCAAAUGAAGCUGUCUGCUACUGCUGUUCACAGGACAAUUGUUAUGCGACGAGCGAGGAUUGCUACAGAUAUUGCCGCUGCCCGCCUAAAUCUAAGAGCCCGUGA